GUUCCAUGCUCAGUCCUACACACGUGUUGUUAGAGUAGCUGCGUGUUGAAGUUCCUCUAGCUUUUGAGAAUCUAAACAAGCUGUUGUAGCUACAGAACGAUUUAUUUUUGGAUUUCCCAAAACCUCAAUCACAGACGUAUAGUCCUCCGUGAAGCAUUCGCCGAGAGGAGAAAUAUCAGAAAUAAACGGAAACAAACAUGACUGAAGCCGAAGUGAAUCCCAAGGCCUACCCCCUAGCCGACGCCACACUUUCCAAAACCAUCCUGGACCUUGUGCAGCAAGCCUCUAACUACAAACAGUUGAGGAAAGGGGCCAAUGAGGCCACCAAGACAUUGAACCGUGGUAUCUCUGAGUUCAUUGUGAUGGCUGCUGAUGCUGAGCCACUGGAGAUCAUCCUCCACCUGCCACUGCUCUGCGAAGAUAAGAACGUCCCCUACGUGUUUGUGCGCUCCAAGCAGGCCCUGGGGCGUGCCUGUGGGGUCUCCCGCCCCGUCAUCGCCACCUCAAUCACCAUCAAGGAGGGCUCUCAGCUGAAGCCACAGAUCCAGUCUACCCAGAUGGCCAUUGAGAGACUGCUGGUCUGAUCUGGUUGCUGCUCUGUUGUAUUGGAUAGUCUGAAGGACUUUAUCAGGCAGUUGAAUUAUGUCUUCUUUUGGAUAGUACAGUUGUCUUUGGAAGAUGCAUUGUCUACAAGUAUCUAUUUCUAUUUUGUCAGGGUACAUGAAAAGAAAAUGAUUCAUUUCCAUGUACUAUGUUAAGUCAUUAACUCUUAUGUUUUGUGAUAAUAAAACAUGUUUCUUUUUA